AUGGCGCCCAAAAGACCCCGGGAGGAUUCUGAGAAGGCUCCGGAUGCAAAGAAACCCCGGCGUGGCUUUCGAGUCGGCCCUGACAACCUCCCAGAUGGACCCUGGCGUAGAAAAGUUACCAAAAUCAAGAAGGGCCUUAUUGUCAAGGCCAAGCUGAAAAAGAACUACGCCAAGAUUAAGGCGAGAGAGGGAAAGGAGCAUCAACCUUCAGCUGAAGACAAUGAUCAUGACAGCAACGGCAACGAGGAAUCGGAGAAGCCGUCAGGGGGCGAUGAGCCAGAACAGCUUCACCCCACACGCCAGCUCAUGCUGAAAGACGAGGACAUGGCACAGGCAGGCGCCGACCCCGAGAAGCAGCAUGAUGUCAGCGAUGGGCAACGCCGCAGGACUCGGCGACCAGGUUACUAUGACAAGCAGCUCAAGAAAGCAGAUGAGCGGCGCAUCGAGAGUGAGGCUCGGGCACAGGAGUUUCAGCGGCGCAGGGAGGAGCGUGAGAAGAAGAUUGCCGAGAGGGAACGUUACAAGAGAGCAAUGGCAAAGACAAUCGGCAAGGACGGGAAGAAGAAGCUCGGGAGGGAGAGCAGUCUGCUGCUGGACAAGGUUAAGAAAAUGGUUGCCGACCAGUAG